CAAUUCUUGAGCCAGUGUUAUUGACAUCUAAUGAUAAUAGCUUUCGUUCAUGAAUUGUUGUUAGCUUGAGGUCAUUAUGUUUCACUUGAGCAUGCGCUUGCCAAAACUAUAUAAAGAGCAUCUUGUAAAAUUAUACAAAAGUUCAUAUUUAAAGUCAAUAGUGUGCAGUCGUAUAAAUUCAUAUAAUGCACAACUUAUAUGCGCUCUAACGACCUUUUCACCUUCACGUUCUUACUAAAAAGAAAUGAGUCAAAUUAUUCUAGACAAUAUUCAAAACAAUGAAACUGUAUACCAUAGAUUUGUGAUUGUUCAUGGCAGAGUCACAAGCAAUAACUCUCAUACUUCUGCAUUUGUGACCGUGAAGCAUUUCGCCGAUACAUUUCCACAACAGUAUUGGGUUGUCACGGACUCUUACUUUAAGGCUCUUAUUCAUGUAGUCCCAGGUGAAAAUGUAGUUCUAUUUCAAACUGAUAAUGGUUCUGAACUCAGUCUGCGUUUAAACUAUCAAGUACUAAAUGAUAAUCCUUUCUAUCGAAUUGGCUUUGUCGUUGGAAGAGAUUCUGAUUUAACAUUUGACGCUCCUUACGGCAUGAAGAAUGACCUCGACGAAGCAAUACGCAAGCUUCGUUGUGCAGCUUAUCUUUGGCAAGCUUUUACUGCUGAAUGUAUGUAUAGAAAUGGAUUUGGUAGACGUACCUUUCGCUUGGAAGAAAAUAUCCAACCCGACACGAUGUCUUGUCAGUCUGCAUGGGGCACUGAAAGAUUGACUGCGUCUAUCCACGUAUUGAGAUCAGAUAAAACAGCAGAAGAAAUUCGUUCUACUCCACCUGACCAGCUUUUUCAUGUUGCUGGAAAUGCCGUUGAUAAAUUGGGCCUUCCAGAGCCAUGGCAUUACAUCUGCAUGUUUUUGGAUACUCGUUAUGAUCCUUCUUCAAAAGAAGUCAGAGGUCAUGUUGCUUUAGGAGGAGGAACUGAUAUGCAUAAGCUAGGUGUCUUCGGCUCUCAUUCUUUGCAUUCUUUUCCUAGCGCUAUAGAAUAUGUGAUACCUGUUUUCAGCGACGCUAGAAGGAUUCCUGAUUAUUUAGCAAACGAUGCUAACGAAAGUUCUACCGUGUGGGAAUGCGCUAAUAUUGGAAUUGGAGCUAUACUACAUGAACUUGGUCAUACCCUUGGAUGCCCGCAUCAGCCAGAUGGCAUUAUGCUACGGUCUUAUCCAAUUUUCAACCGUAGUUUUACAACGCGAGAAUCUGAAUGUGUCCGUACAGGUAGUAAAGGUCUUGCUCCCAUACUUCCGAAAGAUGAAUGCUCAUGGCAUUAUUUGGACUUACUAAGAUUUUAUUAUCAUCCACUUUUCCGACUUCCUUCUGAUCAACAGUAUCCAUCUGAUGUUGAAACAAGUUACUAUGUAAGUGGGGAUCAAAUUGUGUUUACAAAUGAUACUGGGAUUUUUCUCGUGGAAAUUGAAUAUAAUGGUCAGACCAAGGGCUGGAAAAUUUUUAAUCCUCCUUUAGACAAAGCUGCUUUUACUGACGCUGAAAUUCGAUCACUCUCAAGUAGUGAUUCUGGUCAAGAUUAUCGUGUACGAGUCCUAGCGAGGAAUUACAAAACAAUGGAUAUAAACAAUGUUCCUGAAAUAAUUAGGAAUGCGAAGAUCUCUACCGAUUUUGGUGAUGCAUAUCGCUCCGAAAGAUUUGGUCUUCGUGGAUGCAAUGGAAAUGAACUGAAUAAUCUUUUAUUUUCUCCUGAGGAGAAGAUUACUAAAGUGCGUGUUCAUUGUGGCCUUGCUUUAGAUGGCAUUGAAGUCUUUUUUGGUUCAAAUUCUGCUCUUCUUGGAAAUCGUGGUGGAAGUCCUCACGAUUUUGAUACAGAUGGUAGUAAUAUUGCUGGGUUUCUUAUUCGUAGUGGAGCCUGGGUAGAUGGAAUUAGUAUUAUUUUGGAAAACGGUAACACUAGCCCCUUUUUUGGUAAUGCGAACGGCGGUGGUCAGAAACUAUAUAAGAUUCCUGAAAAUUCCAGAUUGGUUGGCUUUUAUGGAACCUUGGCGGGUUUCAUGGAUUCUGUUGGAUUUUUCAUCCAAUAGAUACUGAGUUACAUCCCUUAAGCCUGUUCGAUUUUAUGCAGCUAAUUUAACGUUUAUGUAAGAUAUUUCACUCCUUUCUGCUGCUAGACCGCUUUAAUAUAAGAAAACCAUCAAUUUAUUUUAUCUAGUUAACUUUCUAUCAACGUCAUGAUUUGGAUUUUUUAAUUGUUAUUCCAUUUUCAUAUGCAUAAACGCAAAACAUUAAACAAAAACUCCUUUGCCAGAAGCCUCGACGAUAUUAUUCAAUGAAUGAAUAUUUUGAUUCCAGUCACGUAAGCGCGUUUCCAUACUGGCAACCUGAGAGUGGUUAAGGAUUCUUGAUUGAACAGAAGAGAUAUUUACAAUCUGUGCAACCUGGUCAAUCAAGCCGGUAAUUAAACCAACGCUAAGGGCACGCAUAAUUAGCAACUCAACCUCGUGUGAAGGGAUACGAGUUGCUUUAGCAAUUGUAUGGAAAGUUAGAGUACGUUGAUUAGGAGGUAACUGGAAAACAAGCUCAAUCAGUGCCAUAAGACGUACUUUCUGGCCGAGUAGACUCACAGAACUUUGCAGAAGAGGAAUUUUGUUGAUGUGUGCCAUAAGACGUUCAUAUUUAGCCAAGUCACCAACGUUCAUAGCCACAACAAGAUCAUGCAACCAUUCAUGCUGAGUACCCAUUAAAACCUU